AUGCUAGAAAACAAGGAUAGCACCGACCUCUCAUCUGCUGGCUCCGUGCAACUGAGUCUCUCUGCAUACCUGUCGCUCAACUCGUCCAAACAGUCUUUUUACGAUCGGCGGAAACAGCUUUUCACCCCAGAAACCUCCAUGUCCCAGCUCUCGCUUGGUGCACAGUCAGAAAAUAGCCCCGGAUCCGAAAUUACCCACCGCUCUAGCAAUUCGGCCCGUGACCACAAAUCAAGUUUCCUCCAUGGCUACCAGCCUACUUUAGAGCCCUAUUACGACCCACGCCUGCUGCGCAAAAAGACUCUCGACUACCUGAAAGCUCAACUCCCUCAGUUGUCGCCCCAACAGUUUGACUUCUUGGUGGCAGAACAGGUACCUCUUCAAGUGUCUCCUCCUUAUGAGAAAAUGUGCGUGGCACCAUCCUCUGGAAAGGACGCUAAAACGGUGUCUGCUCCUCGUGUACCAGCUGAGCUGAGCACUACCUCGCUGGCGACAUUCCAGUUCAAGUAUUUCUCCUACCUGCUGAAUACUGAGCUGCAAAGAGCCACCAGAUUACUCUAG